UGUAAACCACGAAAAGAAUGUUGCUGAAAUUAUGUUUUUUUUUCUCCUUAUUUCUUUGAUUUAAGCUGAUAUUACUUCAAAGUAAUGCUAACAGAUAUGUGAUCUUACGCUAGAGGAUAAAUUUGGCGAAGAAAUUUCCUUAAAUUCGACAAGGAAGAUCCUGGUGCGAGAGAAGAGAAUCUCACUUGGUGAUAUUAAUACAAAAUUGGAAUUUAUGCCGAUGACUUAGAAAAAAUGCCGAAUACUGAAGAAACAACCAAAGCAGUUGAAAUCAUUGAUGGAUUUCAAAAGAAACUUAAGUCACAAGGAGACAAAGAAAGCACUGAUGAAUUGGAAAAAAUCAARAUAAUGCUAGAAAGCCCUCUCUUCCAACAACUCUUGGUUAUUCAACAAUCAAUCCGAGAUCUMAAUGAAAAGUUACACAGUUCAUCUCCCGAGGCCAUCAGUGAUUUUGAAUUUUCACCAACAGGGGAAUUAAUAUUUUCUAAUGAUGAUGACUAYAAUGAUGUAAACGAAGAGAGARGGGAAUUUACUGAAGUUGAAGCCGUUGCAUUAAAUUCUGAACCUGAACUUCCUGAUAAUGACUUUGAUUCUGAAGAAAACCRUGAAAGGAUUAUAAGUGCAAUUUCUCAAUCAAACCAUGCUUCAGACCCAGAGUUUGUCUCUACUGUUGAAGCUUUGGCACAAGGAAGGGAAGUGGAAGUAGUGGAUCUUGUAAAACCUGAGAAGGGUGGUCUGGGGUUCAGUGUUGUUGGYUUGAAGAGYGAGAAUCGUGGAGAACUUGGGAUCUUUAUUCAAGAGAUUCAGCCAAAUGGAGUUGCAAAAAGAGAUGGACGUCUUUAUGAGAGUGACCAGAUCCUCUGCAUUGAUGGUCAAGUUCUUGAUAGUGACGUUUCSCACCAAGAGGCUAUAGGAAUGCUACAGAAGACMCAAGGACAUGUUGAACUAAUCGUUGCAAGAGGAGGUGUUCCAAGGCCUGAUAAUCUAUCAAGAACUACRYCKGGWGGAAGCUCAGUGAUAUCUAGGACUCCAUCGAAUUUGAGUUCUGUGUCACAAAACACUGAACAAGAAGUACCACCUGCCAAUCAAGUACAGGUGCCAGAGAUUGAAGAAGCAUCUUAUACACGACACAUAGAAACAGUUAUGCUUCAUAACGAUGGAGGUGGACUGGGCUUUGGUAUAGUUGGUGGGCGGAGUUCAGGGGUGUCAAUCAAGACUAUUCUUCCAGGAGGAGUUGCUGAUAGGGAUGGCCGUCUUCAAGAAGGGGAUCAAAUCAUGCAAAUAGGAGAUGUCAAUGUUGGAGGAAUGGGAAGCGAACAAGUUGCUCAAGUGUUGCGUAAAGCUGACCAACAUGUCAAGUUAGUAGUGUCGAGAAUGGUGAAAGAGCCUCCUUCUGCUGCUGAUGACACUCCGUAUUUUGAAGAGGGUGAUCAAAAUGUUGAAACGUUUGAUAUUGAAUUGGCAAAAGGAACUAAAGGGCUUGGCAUAACAAUUGCUGGCUACGUUGGAGAAAAUACUUCAGAUCAAUUAUCGGGUAUUUUUAUCAAGAGCAUCAUCGAAGGCAGCACAGCUGAAAGCGAUGGAAGACUAAAAGUGAAUGACCAGAUCAUUGAAGUUGAUAAUGUUAGCUUACAUGGCAAAGACAAUCAAGAAGCCGUUGAAAUUCUUAAGAAGACGGGCCCGGUUGUGAGACUUAAAGUUGCGCGACAUAUACUACAGAACAACGAGUCUACCCUACUAGAGUCUCCAGUUUCAAGACCAGACGUUUUGCCUGCUGUACCYAGUGUAGAAGUCACUGAAGCUGACGCCGAAUCAAGUGUACAAGAUGAAGAGGACGAACUCCAAAAAGAUCUCCAAACCUUAGACACCGAAGCCAUCAAGCAGCAUUACAGGACUAUGAUUGGCGAAGAUGUUGASAUCCUUGUCGCAGAGAUGAAGAARACAAGUCCKUCUGGUGGACUGGGAAUUAGUCUUGAAGGAACUCAGUAUCCACAUGAUGGAUCACCACCAUGGCAUAGAGUUCACACGGUCAACCCUAAAGGACCGGUUGGUGUUGAUGGAACUAUUAAACCAGGAGACCACUUGAUAGAAGUAAACGGUAUUGGAGUACUSGAUUUGGGACACAGUGAAGUAGUAACCCUAAUUCAGUCCCUGCCAGUAGAGUUUCGAUUAGUUGUCGCGAGGCGAAAGGACGCUUUGGCGAAUGAAAGUAAUGUUMUAACACCUGAACAAGUGGAAGCACUGGAAAGCGGAGCACCAGGAUUUGAAGCUCCAAGUAUUGGCAGACGUCAAGACGAAGCUGCUGAGUCUGUUAAUACAAUUCAGUCAACCAGCGGUCAGUCCAUGUGGUCUGAUAAAGUCGAAUUUGUGAAGCUACAGAAAGAAGAGAAGGGACUUGGAUUUAGCAUCCUUGACUAUCAGGAUCCCUCCAACCCCGAGCAAACAGUAAUUGUCAUACGYAGUCUUGUCAAUGGAGGAGUCGCUGAGCAUGAUGGGAGGCUACAUCCGGGAGAUAGAUUAAUGUCUGUCAAUGACGUAAACCUGGAGCAUGCSUCAUUGGAACAUGCUGUACAAACGCUGAAAGGCACUAAGAAAGGCGAAGUGGUUAUAGGCGUGGCCAAGCCAGUCCCAGUUCCCGACGAUUUUGAUGACGAGAGCAACUUUGGCGAAUCACCGCCCGACUCAACGAGGGCAUUAAUGCUUAAUAUUGAUAAUGAAGAGCGAGAAGGCAGAGCAGAUAUCAGCCUCAAUGAUACAAUAGAAAAAGUCAAAAAAGACGACGGAGCAGAAUCAGAUAGUGACCAUUCUUCUAAGUUUGAUUUUGGUCCGCCAUUACUGUUCUCUGGUGAUUCGAUUGAUAUUGACAAUCUACCAGACAAGGUUCAAUCGCGACUGGAAACCAUUACCAUCAGACGACAACAGGUUGGMAAGCUAGGAAUCACUUUAAAAGGAGAUGAAGGCGAUGAUUACGGUUGCGUUAUCAAGUCAAUUUUACAGGGYGGGGCGGUUGGACGUGAUGGACGUAUGGGGGUUGGUGACCAGAUUGUUGCUAUUAACGACCAGAGUCUGCUUGGGCUUACUAGCCAYGAAGCAAGAUCGGUUUUACGUAAGCAGUCACUUCAAAAAGAUAUCAGCUUUUCGUUCAUCCGAAGUGACAUGAACGCCGCUGAACGAAGUAUACAGCAGUCACCCACUACCUUCAAGGACGACGAUAGCUCGAUAUCAUCAGACGAUUCACAAGGAUUCGCCAUCGAGCAAGACGUACAGGAGAAAAGCGCAGAAGAAACACAGGCAGCCCAACAGAAUGAUUCCUACACUACACCGUUCGAUGUACCAUUUGACGCAGAAGACGUCCGCGUCGUYGAGAUUGUCCGUGAGCCUGAYAGUGGUCURGGAAUUAGUAUCGUUGGGGGUAAAGGAGACGCGGGAGGACGGGGACCGAAAGGGAUCUUCAUACGUCACGUGUUAGAGUCCAGUACUGCCGGCCGACUUGGGAUGUUGAAAGCUGGUGAUCAGAUUCUUGAGACGGAUGCUACAGUCACACCAGUCAAUGUCACCACAGCCAGGACUUCUCCACCUCCCACAACAUUCCCGGAUGAAGAUGACUUCAAGAAACACAUCCCUAUCCCAUCAAAGAACCUCUCUGUGGACGAAGAUGACGUCAUUGAACACGUGAUCGACCCGAAUGUCUUCCAAGAUUAUAAGAUAACUUUACAAUCUGAGUCAGGGGGAUCAACCUAUCAGGGGGAUACUGGGUUAAGAGAUCUCAAGAGGAAGUACCCUGACGUUACUGGCCAUUACUUGAUCGUUGACCUGCAUAAAGGCAACACAGGAUUAGGAUUGAGUAUCGCGGGCGGCAAGGGAGCGGCUGUCAAUCGUAUCUUUGUAGUUGACGUCAAACCAGGAGGACCCGCCGAGCGCGAUGGCCGAAUCAUUCAAGGUGACGAAAUCCUCGAAGUCAACCAAAUAUCUGUACGYGGACUGUCUCAUUACCAGGCCUCCGCGAUCCUCAAGAGUACUUCUUCAGACGUCGAGCUGAUUCUUGGCAGGUCACGUGAGGCGGCAGAAUUCAUGGCGUCCAAUGAAAUUGAAGAAAAACCGCUGAAUAUUCAACCAGUAGCAAGUWCCUCUGUUGAAGCCACGCUAGCCGACGAAUUCGAGGCACAGCCAAGUCCUAGCUCGUCACGGAGCUCUGAGAUUCGAUCCAUUCCUCCGCCCAUUGCUCCUAAACCUAAUCCCCCUCCUAAGCCCAAUCUCCCGGCUGUGGAUCCUAAAAAUGUCUCAAGACCCAGUCCUCCUCCUGUUGCUCCUAAGCCCAAUCCCCCGCCUGUUGCUGCAAAGACGGUGUCUCCUACAUUACUUGCUGAAYUGUCAGGAGGACAACACGUGGAGUAUAUAAACAUGGUUAAGGGUCCAACUGGUCUUGGAUUCGCUGUGGUGGAAGGUCCUGGAUUCAGAGAAGGCGAGAAAGGAAUAUUUGUGAAGAGUGUCACAGAAGGAGGAGCAGCCGAUAAGGACGGUCGACUUAGAAAGGGCGACCAGCUUAUUGCCGUCGAUAACCAAGCAGUUGUUGGACUCUCGCAUGCCGAGGCUGUGGGGAUACUCAAAAAAACACAAGGAGAAGUGUCCCUUGUUGUUGCUAGGAGACAGCAAAUCACAGCGCCUCCUCAACCAGUUCCUACGAUAGCUAUACCGGAAGUKACAGAAGAAAUCCCAGCCCGACUCUCACCCAGGGCCUCUCCAGUUCCCUCGCCUUUGACAACAACUGUGUUUGUACCAGACCCUCGAAGAGCACCAAUAAUUCCCGGCCAAGAAUGUCUGAUCGAAAUCCCUAAAGGAACAACGGGACUGGGACUAAGUAUCGUUGGUGGUGCUGACACGUUAUUGGGAGCUAUUGUUAUCCAUGAAGUGUAUGAGGACGGAGCUGCUGCCAAAGACGGUCGACUGUGGGCAGGGGAUCAGAUACUGGAGGUGAAUAACGCUGACUUACGCGAAGCAACCCAUGACAUGGCAAUCAACGCUCUGCGGCAGACACCAGCUAUUGUCAGGCUUAAAGUACUGCGUGACGAGUCUCAAUUCAAAGAUGAAGAUGCUUUUGAUUUUAUAACUGUUGAGUUAUUGAAGGUUCCWGGUCAGGGUCUCGGGAUCAGUAUUGUUGGCAGAAGGAAUGAUACUGGUGUUUUCAUAUCUGAUGUGGUCAAAGGUGGUGUUGCAGAAAGAGAUGGUCGUGUCUUCCCAGGUGACCAAAUUCUUGCCGUCAAUGGAGAAGAUCUAAGAAAUGCAACACAGGACAUUGCAGCUAGUUUGCUGAAGUUUUUAGACUUAGACUUGAUUCCUGACCCAGCUCGAACACAAAUCGAACUGUCAUCAGCGCCGAGUCUACCACCAAUAAGCUCGUCACCAACCUCCUCCGCCGUCUUGGAGACCGAAACGACGCAGUCUGAUGACGAAGAAGCAUCUAUUCCGCCUCAGACCAAAAUAAUCGAGCUUGAGCGUGGUCCAGAGGGWCUGGGCUUUAGCAUUGUGGGAGGUCAUGGGAGUCCUCAUGGUGACUUGCCUAUCUACGUCAAGACUGUCUUCCCUACAGGCGCAGCGGCCCGYGAUGGCCGACUUAAGCGAGGAGAUCAAAUAAUUGCUGUCAACGGGCAAAGUCUUGUGGGAGUUUCACACGAGUCAGCGGUAUCUCAACUCAAGAAAACACGGGGGAAGAUCAUCCUGACUUUGUUGUCAGAUGGCCGACUUAAGCGAGGAGAUCAAAUAAUUGCUGUCAACGGGCAAAGUCUUGUGGGAGUUUCACACGAGUCAGCGGUAUCUCAACUCAAGAAAACACGGGGGAAAAUCAUCCUGACUUUGUUGUCAUAGAAACGUCAUGAACUUGGAGUCAGACUGAACACUGUAAUACUUGGGUCGACAUUAUACAACUUGUUAUUGAGAACAAUUAUUGGGAUCCCUGUACUAGAACGAACAUGGUUGCACACCACCGCACAGGAAUCCCGAGAGAGUAGCAUUGAAUCCAUAACUAAUUUGUAUCAAAUGUGACGAAACGUUCACUGUAUUCUAUUUAUCGAUUUAUUUGUUCUAAGAGACGCCGAGGGUUUUUUUGGGAAGGUUAUAAAAUACAUCGAAUCUAUGUUUGGUGUUCAACAUUACAAUCGAUAAAUAUGAAGUAGUGAAGAAGCCUAUAUCGUGAGGUUGUAAAUACAUUUUCAUAGUUAAUAAUUCAAACAAUUGAGGUGGAUUUUCAUAAAUCCGAUUUCACACACUACCCGUUAUUGCUUUUUAUUGUUCAAGAUUUUCUUGGUCUUUUCGAUGUUUCUUACACUUUGUUUCAUGGAUUUCUGAAAAUAUAUCUUUCUUUUUUAAAAAAAUCAAAUUAUGUCAGUUUUAGUUCCCAUACCUAUGUCAACAAAUCACACAAUAAUAAAUAUUUGAAGCAAAUAAACUUUGAGUUCUUUCAUUAUAA